AGCAUCAGACCACACAUGCGCAAAGAUAUUUUACUCUCUGCACAGCACACCUGCGUGAUGGUGAUGCCCUGCAGUGCCAAAGUAUUUCUUCGAUUGGGUUUAACAGAGGGACGUCGUAUAUUUUCAACAGCUGGUAAAGGUAGGAGGAUAUUUGUUUUUUUCAAACAAGUUGCUGACUUUCCAAUUUUCAUCCUUGUAUACACACAAUUGCUUAAUUCAUGUUAUUUUUUAAAUAUUUUUUUUAGGUUGAAGUAUUUGCAUGAUGGCUGCACCAGUGAAAAUGCGGAUUGUUUUUGGCGACGACAAUGCUGAAAAGCUGACCAUAGAAUCGGGCAUGCCAAAGUCUGUGGAGGAUCUUUCAAAUGAGAUCAAACGUCAGUUUGAUAUUGAGGGGGACAUUAGACUCCAGUACAUGGACAGCGACUUUGAUAAUAACUUUGUUAAUCUUAAUCAAAUUAGUGAUAUACAAGACAAGAGUACAGUGAAAGUAAUCUCAUUGUCAGAUGUCAGUCAAGGCUGUUUGAACCAGAGUUGUGAAGACACAUCUUCGUCCUCUGACACAGUAAUACUCUCCUCCCCUGACUCAGUGACUGCUCGAUCACAGUGGCCUACAGAAUUUAAAAUACCUACGUUUCCAUAUGAUGUGGAGAUGCAACUUCAAAGUGCUAACCAGGCCUUCAUGUCAAGCAGAGUUUUCCUAAACCCCAGCCACAAACUGAAGUCAGACAUCUUGGAAAGUCUGGCUGCAGAAAUAAUUAGGUUCAAGGCAUAUCCUUCAAAUUUGGAAAUAGAAUCUGUUGCUGAAGCUUUAAUCAAAGCUCACCCAUGUUUGAGGGAACAAGGAUCCUCUAGUGGUUACUAUGGAUGGAAAAUUAGCCUCAAGUACAAGAUGGCCAACUAUAGGACAAAGCUAAGAAAUUUGGGGUGCCCAGAGAUGAGCAUUAAUUCCCUCAAGAACAAACCUGCAGAUAAGUGCCAGCCGGCCCAUAACAUUAAAAAACCCAGAAAGGCAGAAGUAAAUUUCUGCCCCCCCUAUCCUGCUGGAGAGACCCUCGACAGCCUUGAAGGCGAAAGAGUGUCACUGUUGUCCGAGGUCCAAAAAAGACACAACAAUGCAGUUAUCAAGGAGAAGAUGGCCAAGACCUUUGCGUAUAGGAGACAGGAGGUAGUCAGAGACCAACCCAUGAUUGCAGAGUUCAAGACCAGAUGGCCAGGACUGUUCACUGUGCCUGAGGUUGAAGCAGAAUUUAUGAGGAUUACCACUGUUCCCCUCGUCACAACAUUUUUUGCACAACUUGACAACCAUGCUGAUCAGCUCCAAAGACUGCUGAAGAAGACAGGUGGAUCUAAAGGAAAGAAAAUUAAACUUGCCUUUGCCCCGACUGCACAGAAUGAAACUGUUGAAAAGAAGCGGGAAUGCCUCCUCAGGGCACUUUGUAUAUAUCUGAAUGAAGAUCCAAGCAGUCUCUUCAAAGAGUAUCUGGUAGGUACUUACAAAUACUGCAGCAGUAACUAUCCUAGGACUUUUAAGAAUGUCACAAUAUCCAUUUAACAUUGUGGGAUAUGGCUAUGGCAAUUUGAGUCUAGACCAAAAUCAUGUUUCUGAUACUUUAACCUUAAAAAAUGUAAAAAUUAUAAUCUUAUACAAGUAGAACAUAUGGCAGAGCUGCUAUAAGAUGACAUCAGCUCAUAGAGGUGUUCUUAAUAAAGUGGCCAGUGAGUACAAAUUGUGAGGAAUCAGUUAGGACCAAAAGUUAGUAAUCAAGCCUUAUUUUAAAACAUUUACUGAAAAAUGUUUUGUUAAAAAAAAAAAAACUCUUUGGAAUUAAUUGGCUGGUAAUUUCAUUGUUGUCCUUUUUUUGUGUGUGGAAAGGGUUCAGAUGGUUGUGCUGCCCAGAGGGGCCUUGAUCAUGUUGUCUUUGGCAUCUACAGCAUUAAUGUAGAGGGAGGUGAUGCCACCACCAUUCCAGCUGAUGUUGGAAUCGUGAUUGAGGGUGUUGGAGUGCUUCACGACUUGGGAGACCUCUCUUCUGCAUGUGCACUCUUAAUGGGUGUCAUUUAUGCAGUGAACCUCAGUUAUCCUCAGGAACUGAAAACAUUCUUUGAGGUGCUUCAGAAAAUCUUUCUCCAGCUAGAUGCUACCAGACUCUCAACCAAGGUACAGAUGCUUAAAAACAAACUGUAUGAGUGAACCAACAUUGAACGUGUGGCACGUGGAAACCAUUUAAUUGAAAAAAACACUGUUUUCAAAGUUUAUAUACUGUAUCUUUUAUUUUGUGACACAGUGACAUGUUUCUUUGUCAUAAAGCGUGCAGAGUGUUUUUUUUUUUUGUACAACAUCAAUGCUGAGGAAGGUGAUGCCACCACCACUGAUUUUAUAAUAGUUAUUGAGGGUGUUUGAAGUGCUUCACGACUUUUUCUUUUUGUGACACAACACUGUUCUGUGACUUUUUUUGUCAUAUAGCAUGUACAGAUGCUUAUAAAACAAACUGAGUGAACCAACAUUGAGCACUUAAAAGUUUUAAUUGAAAAACACUUGAAAGCUCAUAACUUUUUUUUUUUCUUUUAGUGACAUGCACCACUGACAUGCAUGUAAAGCGUGUGCAGCUUUUUUUGUUUUUCUAAGGUAAAGAGAACCAACCUUAAAUACUGCUGCUCAUGGGUAUUUUUUUUUUCUCUUUUGUAAAACUGAAUUUGAAACAGUUGUGUUUUUGACAACUCUUGUUGGUGAAUAAAGGAACUAACAAAUGUUAUGUUGAGUUUACUGAAGUAAUUUGUGUGGAACCUGUUGACAAAAUAUAAUUAA